GUGUGUUUUAAAAAUUUGUGUAAAUGCUCUCUGGUUUGUUUUAUGUGGGGGAGGGGGGGUCAGGGAAACUUUUUUUCAGUCUCUUACCUUGCCGGAGAUGCGAUUGGUUUUCGGGCCAUCUCUCAGGCCGCUCUGCGGCCUAACAUCAUGGAGCUGGAGGCCUCCUCGGGACUGACUUUGAGCCCCAGUACGGGGUGUGGACUUACCAUCGGGGCCGAUCACUUGCCUGGGAUCGCUCCAACCGGGGCGGGACCUGCGGAUUUUACUAUCAAGGGCUCGCAGUCUCAGGAGAGACCGAGGCGGGAAGGACCAACGACGCAGAGGCUCAACCAGCCCCGACCCGGAGUCCGAUCGAUCGGCGCGGGGGAGCUGAGAUUUCUGCCCCUCCUCCCGAUGCAGGAGCUGAUCGCCCCAAUGCGGAGGGUUCGAUGCACCGGCUACGAGAGUAUGAACGUCCCGUCAACGGAAGGCUUGAGGCUCCCGACCACGGGAGAACAAAGAAGGGAAGGGAUUUACCUUUUUUUUUCGCCUUCCAUCACAGUGAGGAAAGUUGGAAGAGUCACUGUGGUGGAUAUUUAUGUUAAAAUGUAUUUUGUGUGUUCUGUUGCUUUCUAUUUGUAUGAUUGACUUGGCAAAUGAAAUUCCUAGUAUGUUGCAAAACAUACUUGGCUAAUAAAGUAUUAUUGUAUUGGAUUGGAUUGCAGGCCCAAAGAGUAGGGUAGGGAACAACAAUGAUUUUGGGAAAGGAACUAGCAAGGUGUUGGAAAUAAGCAUAUAAGGCAUGCGGAAAAAUCUGCAGAGACAUCAGAGAGACUACAGAUGCUGGAAUCUGGAGCAUAAAUUGACUACUGGGGAGAAACUCAAUGGAUCAAGCAACAUCAGUGGAGAAAGGAGAUGGUCAUCAUUUAAAGAUUGAGAUCAUGCAAUGUCUUGACCUGAAAAGUGUCAUUCCCCUUUGCCUCCAUAGGUGCUGCUUGACAAGCUACAGAGGGCAGUGUAGUGGUAUAGAUUUACUCAAUAAUAUCCCCAUGGUUCUUUAACCCUACCUACUACCUAUUCAUGAUCCUUGGGACAAUUUGGCCAAAUAUUCAAUGUGAGGCUAAAAUGACACAAUGCCCAGACCAGGCAGCUGUGUUCUUAUUCAGCCAGUUGGGCACAACUCAUGGUUGUUUCUCUACCUACCCUGAGAUUGAUUUUGAAUAUUCUGGUGGGAUUUCAGGUUGUUAACUCUAUACCUUAAACACAGCUACUUAUGGUUAGCAAACUAAAUAUGUUAAAUAACAUAUCUUUAUCAAUAUUGUCGGGAAGUCAUUAAGGAGAUUCCACCACUACGCUCUAAGCAUCAGUUCCCAAUUAAAAAUGUAAAACGAUUUUGAUCGGCAGCAACUUGUCAGAGAAUUAAUAGUGCUGAAGUGGGGAAGCGAGCUGGCUGAUGGAUCAAUGAGGCAUCACAAUGCACUAACAACAGGAGCUGCAACUACGUUGUGACAAGUAAAUGUUUACUUUGAAAGUAUGCAUUGUAAAGCUAGGCAGUUCCAAUUAUGAAUAUCGAAGUAAACAGUACCAAAGAAUGGCACUGGGAAUUUGGACGGGAAGUAACUUAAUAUUAUUAUUUAUACUCGUUUGCUUUACAUUUACAGUGUCAAACAUGAAUGGCAUGACUAAGAAAUGGCUUGGUAGGAUUGGAGCAUCUGUAUUGGUUGCAUACUAUAAAAGCGAGCAGUGGAGGAAGGGAAGAAAGGUUUUGGACCUUCUACAAGAAAUUCAAGUGAAUUUUACAAUAUUGAAAGGUCUUGUCAGUGAGUGGACUACAUCGAGAUGCCAGAUCAUUAAUAUCGCUGGAGAGAUCUAUCUUAAAACAGGAUAUAUCAAUAGAGCACUUUGGUUGCUAAGAGAAUCUAACUGGAUGACCAGUUCCCCAGCAUGGCCCAGUGACAAUUUGGAUGUUCUUAAUCGACACAACUUUCUGUUUAGCCUUGCUGAUGAAACUUUGAAAAAUAACAUGUACUCUGAAACGUUGGAGGUUCUGCAGCAUUUACCUGGGCUCCAAAAAAUAAAUGGUACCUUUGAUGUAACCUCAUAUGCUGGAAUUUUCAAUAAUCUCCUGGAUCAGUGCAUCCAAACUAAUUGUCUCGGUGUAUCAUCUGACACAGUAGAGUUCAUGAGGUCAAUGAACAUUCCUGUUAAUCUUUUGCCUGUAAGAAACUUAAUUACAGCUCUGGGCAGGUCCAAUCUGUGGCUGAAAGCACGAAAUCAGUACAAGAAAGCUUUAUCCAAUGGUUGCUACCCACCAAUUGAGGAGAACCUGUACCGUAAACUGCUCCCUAUUCCUUGCUUCUUGUCAGAAGUGGAAAUGAUGUUGGCAACUGAAAUGUUUCUAGUAACAAAUGCAAGCAACAUUCAGAGUCCCAGCGUCUCCAAGCAAUCUCUACAGAUUGUGCUGAGAAGGUAUGAAGACGAUAGUUUAUUCGCAAAUGGAGGUUAUGACGCAGCAGUGGACAGAUUACUGGCAGCUGUUCGAAUUUCGGAACCAAAGCUUCAGAUAAAACAUACAACCGUUAACAUUGCAAAUGAAGAGAUCUUCAGUUUGGAACACUCUUCUGCCCUGAGGUGGCUUGAGCAGAACAUGAAGUGGGCAGGCAAGGUUUGGCUCUUUGGCUACUGA